GACCAGAGAAAUUAUUAGAGCUGUGGUUUUAUCCUAUAUCUCCAAAUAUAGAGAAAAACCACAAUAAUGAAAACGGAACCAGUAAACUUGGUUUAAGAACUGUUCCUAAAGAAGUUUGGGAUGAGGUUUUGGAAAUUGUAAAAUGUCAUAUAAUUAGUGUUAUUGAAAAUGAAUAUAUCGAUGCUUACUUAUUAAGCGAAUCAUCAUUAUUCAUUUAUCCACAUAAAUUAAUCUUGAAAACGUGUGGCACAACAAUGUUGCUUUCAGCAUUACCAAAAUUAUUAGAAACAGCCUUAAAAUAUUGUAAUUUUCAUAAGGUUUGGAGGGUUUUUUAUUCAAGAAAAAGUUUUAUGUUUCCAGAAUUACAAUCACAUCCUCAUAACAGUUGGAAUGAUGAGGUGAAAUUCUUGGAUAAAUUCUUUG